AUGGAAUCUAGUUGUGAUAUUAAAGCUACUGACCAAGAACAAGAAGUAAAGGAGGAGGAGGAGAAAACGGAGAAAGAAAGGGAAAUUCCCACAGACGUCCUCAUGGACGAGAGAAAAAUCGACCCGGAGGACGUAUCUCCAGCGCUUGAGUCACUGGAAAGGAGGCAGGUCUUGUCUGGGGACGCCGCCGCCUUCCUGAAGGCCCACAACGAUAAACGUCGCAUCGUCAGUCCUCCUGCUACCAACAUGAAGGAAAUGACGUGGAGCACAGAACUGGAGGCCAUUGCAAGGAACUACGCCAAAAACUGCAAUUUUAAACACAACAAGCAAAGAUCAGGGUCAUCGUCUACCUUCUCGUAUGUGGGAGAGAACUUGUACGUUAGUUACGGAGACAUAUCACCGGAGCAGGCGGUAACGAGUUGGGACGAUGAGAAGAACGACUACUCUUUCACCAAUAACGUGUGCGAUCCCAACAGCAAGUACGGGUGUGGUCACUACACGCAGGUUGCGUGGGCAAAUUCGGAAACAGUUGGAUGUGUAAAACACUUCUGUAGCUACGUCACAAAUUUUGGAUACAGAGGAUAUUUAGUUGUUUGCAACUAUGGUCCAGGCGGUAACAUUAACAACUGGAGACCCUAUACCACCGGAACGACCUGUAAAGACUGUCCGGCGGGAUACACAUGUGUGAACAAGUUAUGCAGCAAAUCUUCGGGAGGAGGUUCCAAUCCUUGUUCAACGAAUCCGUGUAAAAAUGGCGGCACUUGCUCAUCUGUUUCCGGGAAUGCAGUUUGCAAGUGCACCAGUGGGUGGUCGGGAAACACAUGUGAAACAAAAGAUGCAGCCAAUCCUUGCUCGCCAAAUCCGUGUCAAAAUGGUGGUACAUGUACGAAUGAUUCUGGUAGUGCUAAGUGCCAGUGUAGUGGAGGAUGGUCGGGGAAUACGUGUACAACAAAAGCAAACACCAUGACUUGCAAUUUUGAGAACAACAUGUGCCUUAAAAACUAUGAUCAGAACGAAGUGAAUUUUCGAAGGUUUAGCUAUUUUUCCAUGAACAAUGUACGAGUUGACGCCCCUGAAGGAAGCUCAUUUGCCUGUGCGUAUGCUGGUUACGUAUCUGGACAAAAGUACUCCUAUCUCCUCUCCACCUACCUCGCAGAGGCCGUCGUGAAAGUUCAGUUCCGAUACAGAGUUGUUGGAUCUGCAAGACUGUCGUUCAUUUACAAACAAGAAGGCAAAGAUUAUAAUACAAUGUUCUCAUACAAGAACGACAACGGCAUCUGGCAGUCAUGGACAGUGACCAUACCAUCGGGGAAAAAUACAUACUUUUAUUUCAAAGCCACGCUAGAAAGCUACUCCUUGGUCGCCUUAGAUGAUGUCCAGAUCAGCACAAUACAAUGA